AUGGUGGUUGGCGCUGUCGCCGGUGGCCGUGCAAAGAGCAAACGUUGGUGGGCAGCGUUGGUGCGGCGUUGGUGCUUUAGCCGAAGGAAGAAGAUGAAGUUGGGGGGAAAUUAUAUUAUUAGGUGUUGGGAAGGAGUGAAGCCCAUUGUGGAUGUCGGAGGUGGAACUAGAACCACAGCCAAGGCUGUCUCUGAUGCAUUUCCAAACGUGAAGUGCAUUGUGUUUGACCGUCCACAAGUUGUGGAGAACUUGUCGGGAACCAAUAAUUUGAGAUAUGUUGGUGGUGACAUGUUGGAAUCUAUUCCCAAGGCUGAUGUAGUUCUGCUCAAGUUGAUUUUGCAUGAUUGGAAUGACGAGGAUUGUAAUAAAAUAUUAGAAAAUUGCAAAGAAGCUAUUUUCGGUAAAGGCAAAAGAGGAAAAGUAAUUUUGAUAGAAACUGUGAUAAAUGAAGGCCAAGAUGAGCAUGGACUUACUAGACUAAAGCUCGCCAUGGAUGUGCGAAUGACAUGUCUUUUAAAUGGAAAAGAGAGAAGUGAAGAAGAAUGGAAGAAACUAUUUAUGGAACCAGAAUUUCAGAGCUACAAAAUAUAUCCUUUGACAAGAUAUUUGUCUUUGAAUACUGAAGUUAUAGUGAUGCAUUUAGUAGUUUCUUCCUUGAAUGUAUGGAUCGAAUAA